AGCAGAGAAAAUGGCUCGUACCAAGCAGACCGCCCGUAAAUCCACCGGAGGCAAAGCUCCCAGGAAGCAGCUGGCCACCAAGGCCGCCCGCAAGAGCGCCCCGGCCACCGGCGGAGUCAAGAAGCCUCACCGCUACAGGCCCGGCACCGUGGCUCUGCGGGAGAUCCGUCGCUACCAGAAGUCCACCGAGCUGCUCAUCCGCAAGCUGCCCUUCCAGCGCCUGGUGCGAGAGAUCGCUCAGGACUUCAAGACCGACCUGCGCUUCCAGAGCUCGGCCGUCAUGGCCCUGCAGGAGGCUAGCGAGGCUUACCUGGUGGGCCUGUUCGAGGACACUAACCUGUGCGCCAUCCACGCCAAGAGGGUCACCAUCAUGCCCAAAGACAUCCAGCUGGCCCGCCGCAUCCGCGGAGAGAGAAAGGGCUCAAAGAAAGCCGUGAGCAAGACCACCGGCAAAGGAGGCAAGAAGAAGAGAAGACCCAGAAAGGAGAGCUACGCCAUCUACGUGUACAAGGUGCUGAAGCAGGUCCACCCCGACACCGGCAUCUCGUCCAAGGCCAUGAGCAUCAUGAACUCGUUCGUCAACGACAUCUUCGAGCGCAUCGCCUCGGAGGCGUCUCGCCUGGCUCACUACAACAAGCGCUCCACCAUCUCCUCCAGGGAGAUCCAGACCGCCGUGCGUCUCCUGCUGCCCGGCGAGCUGGCCAAGCACGCCGUGUCCGAGGGCACCAAGGCCGUCACCAAAUACACCAGCUCCAAAGGACAUUCGGUACUUCGACUUCGAGAACUGAAAAUGAGCGGCAGAGGAAAGGGAGGGAAAGGUCUGGGCAAAGGAGGCGCCAAGCGCCACCGCAAAGUCCUCCGUGAUAACAUCCAGGGCAUCACCAAGCCCGCCAUCCGCCGCCUGGCCCGCCGCGGCGGAGUCAAGCGCAUCUCCGGCCUCAUCUACGAGGAGACCCGCGGCGUGCUCAAGGUCUUCCUGGAGAACGUCAUCCGGGACGCCGUCACCUACACCGAGCACGCCAAGAGGAAGACCGUCACCGCCAUGGACGUGGUCUAUGCUCUCAAGAGGCAGGGACGCACUCUGUACGGCUUCGGAGGCUGAAGCUCCGUCCAGCGACCGCACUAAACAAAACAAAGGCCCUUUUCAGGGCCGCCCACCAGGUCACUCAAGAGCUCGUUCUGACUGUUCAGAAUAUAAUUAUUUUCUUUCUUUGGUGUCUGAAGAAAUUAAGUACAGGCAGCUGAGUUCUUUCCAUUUCAGUUGCUCCGGUGCCACAGGUGAUAGUUUGUUCACUACCAAACCUAAGAGCAACCGUAUUUUUGUUAAAAGGGAACAUUGAUAAACGUGAUGAUGCACGCAUGAAAAACUUACAUUGAUGGUGACUCUUUAUUCUCUUCAACAGCUUUCACAUUCCUAAAACACUACAUUAAUACAAUCACUAUUCCAUGAUGUAUUAAUAAACGGACUUCAACGAUUGCAUGGGGGGGGGGGGGGUCGCUGGUGGAAGUGGCUUCACUCAUUGGUGCGUCCUGGACUGCCUCGCGCUCUGCCCUCAUAUAAAGGACACUUGGAAAAGAAGCGCUUCACUUUCUCAGAGAAUCAACUCCAGAGAACUAGAAGAGAAAAUGAGCGGCAGAGGAAAGACCAGCGGGAUGUGAUGGCAAUCUGAAGCAACAAAGCUUUCAACACAAUUGUAUCGAAAAAAGGUUCAGUACUCGAAGCUUUUCAAAUCAGAGCCCAACAAGGACCCCUGGUGGUGAAAGUCAAGGAAAGCAUGUCAUGU